CUGGCACCAGGGCUGCAUUCUGAGCACUGCUUCCUCGGCUCGGCGGCUGAGGCGGCGGGGACAGGGCGGCCUCCAGCCAAUCUCUCGGCGCGGGAUUCUGGUGCUGUAGCACACAGCACAGGUGAAAAUACUGGACUAUUUGAUGUACAGUACCAAUAGUAUCCUAGGUUAUUCAGAAUUUAAUUCUCAUGUCAGCAGAAAGCUCAACCAUCACAGUUCGCCUUGUUCGCUCUUUUGAACACCGGAAUUUCAGACCUGUGGUGUAUCAUGGAGUUAACUUGGAUCAAACAGUAAAGCAGUUCAUUACUUUUGUGCAGAAGGACGUGACUUCAAGAACAGGACUUCCUCCUCCUUUCAAGAAUUACAAAUAUGAUACAAUGAAGAUUAUUCAUCAAGCACACAAAUCUAAGACUGGUGAACUUGUAGUGGGUUUGGAAGAUGAUGACAAACUGAUUUUGAAAGAAGACAGUACGCUGAAAGCAGCUGGAGUAGCAAAUGAGACCGAAUUAGCAUUCUUCUGUGAGGAAGAUUACAGAAACUACAAAGCUAAUCCUGUUUCAGCCUGGUGAAGAUCCCAAGAGAUUGUUUUGUUUUCCCAUACCUGUUGUAAAUUUUCCUUAUUCUGCUUAAUGAGAUUUUGCUUAAAGAUCAAUAAAUCCUAGAGGAUUGCUUUGCAAA